GCAGCAAAUGGCGCUGCAGCAAGCGCUUUUCCUCCGGCUGGUGAGGCCGCGAAUCGCGGCGGUCCCGACCGAGUCGGACUCGGAGUCGAACCGGUGCGCCGCGAUGCGGAGCCAGCUCCGGGAGCUGGAGCGGCGGCUUUUGGACGACGACGCGGAGGAGGAAGAGAAGGAGGACGCGGAGGAGGAGGAGGCGAGCGCGUGCGACUCGGCCGUGACCAGCGCCGAGUGGGGCGAGGCGAUGCAGCUGCAGCGGCUCAUGUCGAAGCCGAACCCCGCUCAGAACCCUCUCUCCCCUUCGCCCUCGAACUCUUCCUCGUCCUCGUCCUCGUCCACGUCCACGGCCUCUUGCUCCCCCCCGUCGUCGUCGUCGUCGCCGGCGAAGCAGCUGCUCUCCGACGCCGCCGCGGCCAUCGCCGACGGGAAACUCGACGCCGCCGCGGCUCGCCGCGCUGAGGCGGAGCGGCGGCGCCGGGCGGCGCGGAGCAGCGACGCUCAGCGGCGAUUGAUGGCCGCGGCCCUGGCCGCGCGCCUCGGGCCGUGCCCGGCGCACCCGCUCGCGGAGCUGUGCGGCGCGGAGCACCGCGCCGCGACGCAGAUGCUCCACGAGCUCCACCCCUGCUUCAGGCUCGGCCUCCUUGCGGCCAACCUCGCCGUCCUCGACGCCGCGCGCGACCGCUCCGGGAUCCACGUCCUGGACUUCGACGUCGGCGGCGGGGGCGCGCAGCACGCCGCGCUCAUCCGCGCCCUCGCCGAGCGCCGCGCCCCUGGCCUCAGGAUCACCGCCGUUUUCGACCCCACCUCCCCCUUCACCCCCGCCGCCGCCGCCGGCGCGCUGGCCGUCGGCGACCGGCUCGUCAAGCUGGCCGAGCGGGCCGGGGUCGGGCUCCGCUUCAGCGUCGUGAGCCGCCGCGCCGCCGAGCUGGACGCGGCCGCGCUCGGGUGCGUGCCCGGGGAGGCCCUCGCGGUGAACCUGGCCUUCGCGCUCUCGCGCGUCCCGGACGAGAGCGUCUCCCCGGCGAACCCCCGCGACGAGCUCCUCCGCCGCGUCCGCGCUCUGCGGCCGCGCGUUGUGGCGCUCGUGGAGCGGGACAUGAACGCGAACACGGCGCCCUUCGCGGCGCGCUUCGCGGAGGCGUGCGCCCACUACGGCGCACUCCUGGAGUCCCUGGACGCGGCGGCAGCGUCGGCGGCGUCUUUGGGGGGCGCGGCGGAGCGGGCGCGGGUGGAGGCGGCGCUCGCCGCGCAGCGCCGCGAACGGCGGUGGCGCGGGAGGGGCGGAGCGGUGGAGCGGUGCGGAGUGUCGGGAAGUGGCGGCCGGAUGGGGAUGGCCGGGUUCGGAGCGGUCCCGCUCGGACCGGGCGUGGUCGAGCCGGUCCGGACCCGGCUCGGUUCGAUCCGGCCCAACCCCGGGUUCACGAUCAAGGAGGAGGCCGGGGGGAUUGGGUUCGCGUGGAUGGGUCGGGUCCUCACGUUUGCCUCCGCGUGGCGUUGAAUUGAGGCUAUCAUUAUUUUCUCUUCCUUUUUUGAAUUUUAAAUUUCUUUUCCUUUUACUUUUUCCCUUUUCGCUGAUUGGUAGUGACAAUUACCCUGUUACAUGUAAUGCUUGAUAGUUUGAUUUGAUACUCCUACAAAUUGAUAUAAAAAGUGAUUUUAUAUAUGAUGAGUAGAAUCAUUAUCAUAUUGUAACGCUAUUUGUACAUCAAAAUGUACACCAAAGUGUUGUAGCUUUUUCACAUUAAA